AUGGAGCAAGAGCUGUAUUACUUGAUUGCCAAGUUUCUGGCAGCAGGACCUUGUAAAGAUGCAGCACGCGUACUAGAGUAUGAAUUAAAUCAGCAUCGCGAACUGUUGCCGCAUACAAUCACAUAUGAAGGCAAACAGGUGCCCAUGACUUUAGAUCGACUUUCAAAAGAGUAUCCCGAUAUCAGGAAUCAUUAUCUACUGGACCUGUUAAGCAAUUUUCUAAGUCAUUUUAAAGAGACAGGCAAUCCUGCUGUUUUACGAGUGAAUGCACUAAGGCAUGGUGAUAAAUCAUUAUUUACCAUGCUCUCAGCCUUUGUACCUACAGAACAAGUACAAUGCUGUAACUACCUAACAAUGACACCCACACAGUUAAAUAAGCUACCUAUUCAUCGUAUGUUGAUUGCGAGAGAAAUGGGCGCCAAAGUCAUGAAGAGACUUGAUAUGCCUACAUCAUUAUCCACUUUUUAUAGAGAGCGUGUUACUAUUUCAGGUCACAGAAAUCCAGUCUAUUCAGUCGUGUUUGACAAGACAAAUCGAAGGUUAUUUACAGGCAGUGACGAUUUCCUUGUCAAAGUAUGGUGUGUAAGAACCGGUUGCUUAAUUCAUACGAUUCGAGGCCAUCAAAAUGCGAUUGCAGAUAUUGCAAUCAAUCAAGAAAAUACACUGAUUGCCACUGCUUCAACAGAUGGAUGUGUGCGUGUCUGGACUAUGGACGAAUACAAACCUAUUAUGUGCCUUAGACCCAAUGCCAAUACAGCAAGUAUCCUAGAUGUGCAUAUCAAACCAUUUACGACUGUUAAAUUCUCACCUUCACCUAGAGCAGAAACACGGUAUUUAAUGGCAACAAACGAGGAUGGGUUUGUUCGAUUAUGGCGAUGGGAUCGUGACACUUUACAGUUCUUUGAUAUCGAUACACCUAUCACUUUCAGCUGUCGAUUCAGAGCAAGGGAUCGUCUGAGAUGCUCUUCUUUCAAUUAUACAGGCACUAAAUUUGCAGUAGCAGGUGAUGAUGGAUUUGUCUAUGUAUUCUCUACUAUUCCUAUACAAACAACGCAUGAAGGCACUAUCAUAUCCAGUAACAGUCAUGUUGAUCCUUCAGACAAUAGACCUGGGAGAGGAAGAAAACGAUUUGCAAACGCACUCUUUCCAGACAAGAAUGGCCCACAAAAUUCGCAACCUGUGGUAACCAUUGGCACAUUAGAAGGACACAUGGGCAGUGUGACUGAUCUAGCAUACAGUCAUGAUGGUCAGCGUAUCUUAAGUGGAAGUCAGGAUGGCACAGCACGUAUUUGGAAGUUUGAUAAAGAUACAAAGCAAUGGCAUUCUAUUGUACUCGAUUUGAAGAUACCAUUACCCAAUACGCCUAUAGUCAGACCCUCUAUACCUAAUUCAACUGCUAUGAGUCGGUCUAAUUCGUAUUGUGAAUCGACAGCACAGAAAGAACAAAAAGAAGAACAACAAGAAGAAGAAGUGGGUACAUUGAUGCCUUCUUUAGAGAAUGACUCUAGUGUUACUUGUAUGGAUAUGGAUCCACCCAGUACGAUAGAACAUACUGAUCCUCCCAAAGUAUCCAUGAUUGCCUGGAGUGCAGAUGACCGAUGGUGUAUUAUUGCAUCUAACCAAGGUGAUAUUCGAGUCUAUUAUGCUUAUAAUGGCGAACCAGCCUGUGUGCUUAAGGGACAUGAAGGCGAGAUUUAUGCACUUGACAAUCACCCGCUUGACCCCAGUACUGUUUUAUCCGCAGGUUAUGAUGGGAAUGUGAUUUUGUGGGAUAUUCAGAAACAAAAAGUGAUUACAUGCACGAACCAUGUAGGCAGAACAUUCACAGACUGUAAAUUCUCUAAAGAUGCCAUGAAAUACGCUAUUACAGAUGAGGAAGGUCAUUGUACACUCUUCAGUAUUGGUGGACUAGAUAAGGAUUAUGAGCAAGUACGCAGUUGGGAACGAGGACAGUAUUUCAUGUCUGAUUAUCAAGCACUUCGACAUUUUGUGGAUGGUACUUUUGUAGAUGAGCCCACACAACAGAUGCCUUAUGCUAUGCCUUAUUCACCCAUCAUUGAUCUACAAGGUGUAGCCUAUCCCAACCAAAAGAAACUCGGGUAUGGUAGAAACAUCCCAACCACUUCCGAAACAUUUGAAUUAGAAGACAUGAAGCGAUCUGCUUGUUACAACCAAGAAGAAGAAGAGAUUCGUAAGAUCAAGGUGAUUGUCUUGCCUGCUCUUGAUCGAGCCACAGUGGCCAGGAGACGUCGAGAUUUUGUCAAGAACGAAGAUGAAGAUGAAGACAAUUUGGUCGCGAAUGCUAAUACACUCUUUCAGUUUCCUCCUCCUGUCUUGCCGGCUCUUUUGCCUGAUGAUUCAGAAGAUGAAGACUAUCAUGAUGAUGAGCAAGGAAAUGCAGCCUAUGUUUCAAGUGCAGCUAGUAGUGAUGAAGCUGGUUCAGAAGACUUUGUUGCUCGGGAUGAUGAAGAUGUUGAACCACAUAGUGACGAAGAUGGCGAUGAAGAAGGACCUGUCACACGCAGUCGAGCAGGUCAAUUACAUACACCUUUGCCUUUGAGAUCUUCUCGUACUAUCAAUACCACCAAUCGAGCCAGCAGUACAAGUAGACGCCGUGGUCGUGGUCGUGGAGGAAGAGCAGGCCCCGGAAGAGGCAGAGUGGGUCGUCCUGCUCGUAAGAGAACAAGAGAAAGAUCAGACGACGACGAGGAAGAGCAGCCAGUACGUGCUAGAGCAAGAAGGAGAAGGGUAGCUGAAAGACCAAGCUAUGUUGAAAGUGAUUUUGAAAGCGAACAGAGUGAGGACGAGCUUGUAGAUGUGUUACAGGUGUAUGAACCACAAGACGAUAGUUUUGAAGCAGGCCCUUCAACUAUAGCAACUAGACAGAACAACCAUGUAGAUACAGAAAAAACAAAAGAACCUGAAGACCGUAAAGGAAAGCGUAAAUUACGAUCAAGUACUUUUGAAGAACAACAACAACAACAACAACAACAACAACAAAAACAACAGCAACAGCAACAACAGCAACAACAACAACAGCAGCAGCAAACUCAUCUAUCCUCUGAAAGUAGUUCAGUCUAUAUGCCUUUCACAGCCAUACCUUCUGUAGGUAGAUUUACACGAAGUCGUUCUCAUUAUGCAGAAGCACCUAGUGUACCAUCUACUUCAAAGCCCUCAGCUCCUUCAAUUGCAUCCAAACAAUAUAAACGAAUAGGCAAACAGCGCGAUGUACCUCGAGAAUUAACCAAAGAAGAAAUCAAAGAGCACGAACCUAUUCCUUGGAUCACCACUACUGAGCGUUCAUUUACAAAAUACUUGCCACAAGUAGGGGAUAUUGUAGCUAUCUUGUCAGAAGGACACAAACAGUACUUGAGAGUAUCUGAAAUGAAGUCUUUAUUCGACGAAAAACAUGGUGUGAUAGACAAGCAUGAGCCUGUCUUGUUUUCCAAAAUAUUACAAAUUACCUGGCAAGUAGGUCCACCUGCUUUCUGUAAGCUCAAAUUAUCCAUGCUUCAAAUCAGCAAUUUACAACAAGUAAUUCAGCGUCAAAGAGAUCCUAUUUGGGCACCACUUGGCCGCGAAGAAUACAUUGAAUACACAGACGAAGAUGGCAGCCCUGAAUUUAUUAUCUUAUGGCAACGCUUUUUGGCUUCCAUGGAUGUCUUUCUCAGUUUGAAGCGAGGACAAAAAGUAGAUGCCAUGUAUGAUGAAGGUCAAUAUACGGGUACAAUUUCGCAUUUCAAUACGAAUGGGCUGGAAUGGAAGCAGGUUCAUUUGCGUAGUCCUUGGGCUUAUUAUCAUGUUAUUUGGGACGAUAUGAGUUCUGCACCUGAAGAUUUGUGUCCUUGGGAACUAGUACCCACCGGGCAAGACUUUAGAGCACGCUAUGAUGUUCAACCUAGCCUAAGACCCGAGCAGAUUCAACGUGCAAGAGAUGUGUUGGAUUGGUUAUCGAACACAGAAGACUUUUACUUGUAUGUGCAUCAAGUCAACUACUAUGAUUAUCCUGCUUAUUUGUCUAUGAUUUCUUAUCCUAUCUGUCUGGAUAUGGUACGAGAAAGACUCGAGAACAACUUUUAUCGAUCUCUUGAUGGCUUAAUUGAUGAUGUUGAGUUGAUUAAAAAGAAUGCAAUGCGUUAUAAUGCUGAUUCUUCUCCAGCAUAUAAAAAUGCUGGUCGAUUAGCCAACUUUUUCAAGACACGUAUUCAAAAGCCUUCUAUGCCAUUGUCUUUAUCUCGAGGAGGCGCAACUAGAAAGCGUAUCGUAAAAGAAGAUUCAGACGAUGAAUAUGAUAUUGAAGAAGCUCAAACUUAUGAAUCAGAAGACGAGCCUAUUCCUAAGAAAUCCUCUCGAGAUGAUAGAAAAGGCUAUCACACAGACGAUGAUGAUGAUUUAGAUGACUUUGUAAACGACAGUGAAGAGGAAGAGGAAGACGACUAUUCUGAUUAA